GGCGGAGUGAUCCCGGCGAGCGGGUGCUGCGGCCGGGCCGGGUGAAUGGGAUUGAAGAAGAGUUCAGCUUCUCGGCUUGUUUUUGUGUCACAGUUUCUCUUCUCCUGCGCCUCUUCUGCUUCGUUCCUUUCUUCCCGUCCGCCCCCUGCUCCCCCCUGCAGGAGGAGCCCCCUGGGGAGAGGGGGAAGGAAAAGGACCUCCCAGAGGAGAGAGAGAAGAGGAGGAGGAGAAGGGAGCAACCUACCAUCUUCCACUCCCAGCUUAGAUUAAAGAAAGUGAGAGGAGGAGAGAGAGGAGCCCAGAAGAGGGGGACAGGGAGGCCCAGAGGAGCCGCAGCACCUUCCCCCUAUGAAGAAGAGCCCUCCCCCUCAGAGAGAGGUCCUGCCAGGGGGACCCCAGCCAGCCACCAGCAGCAGCACCACCAGCAGGGGGGGGCUAGAGAGCUGAAGGGGAAAAUCUGUUUUCCACAACUGCAAUAGUGUGGAGAAAAGGAACUUUCAUUUUCUGAAGCCAGAGACUGAACGCACUGUGGAAUUAGUAAAGAGACAGCUAGAAAGAGUGGAGAAGGUAGAGAAUGGAGUUGCAGACUCUACAGGAGGCUCUGAAAGUGGAAAUUCAGGUUCACCAGAAACUGGUUGCCCAAAUGAAGCAAGAUCCACAGAAUGCUGAUUUGAAGAAACAGCUUCAUGAACUCCAAGCCAAAAUCACAGCUUUGAGUGAGAAACAGAAGAGAGUGGUGGAACAGCUGCGGAAGAAUCUGAUAGUAAAGCAGGAACAGCCAGAUAAUAAAUUUCAAAUACAGCCAUUGGUACAGUCAGAAAACAAACUACAAAAUCCACAACAGCAACCACUACAACAAAUACAGCAGCACCACCAUCAGCAGCAGCAAUCUACUGCACCCUCUCCAAACCUGAUUGGAUCACAGAAAUCUGUAACUACAGCUUCUAUGAUCACCACUAAGACACUACCUCUCGUCUUGAAAGCAGCAACUGCAACCAUGCCUGCCUCUGUUGUGGGUCAAAGACCUACCAUUGCCAUGGUUACUGCAAUCAACAGUCAGAAAGCGGUCCUCAGCACCGAUGCACAGAAUACACCAGUCAACCUACAGACGACAAAUAAGGUUACUGGUCCAGGAGCAGAGGCAGUCCAAAUAGUGGCAAAAAACACAGUUACUUUGCAGGUUCAGGCUACACCUCAGCCCAUCAAAGUGCCACAGUUCAUCCCUCCUCCCAGACUCACUCCUCGUCCAAAUUUUCUUCCACAGGUUCGACCCAAACCAGUUGCCCAGAAUAACAUUCCUAUUGCCCCAGCACCACCUCCGAUGCUUGCAGCUCCUCAGCUUAUUCAAAGGCCUGUGAUGCUGACAACAAAGUUCACACCCAGCUCUUUACCCACCUCACAGAACUCCAUACACCCAGUUCGUGUUGUUAAUGGGCAGACAGCAACCAUAGCCAAAACUUUCCCUAUGGCACAGCUCACCAGCAUUGUGAUAGCAGCCCCAGGUACCAGGCUCGCUGGACCUCAGACUCUACAGAUCAGCAAACCAAACCUUGAAAAACAGACUAUUAAACCCCAUGUGGAAGCAGAGGAGAAGCAAACAGAGAGUCGUACCGUUACUCCACCAGCUGCACCCAAGCCAAAACGAGAAGAAAAUCCACAGAAACUUGCCUUCAUGGUGUCUUUGGGACUGGUUACACAUGACCAUCUGGAAGAAAUCCAAAGUAAGAGACAAGAGAGGAAAAGAAGAACAACAGCAAAUCCAGUGUACAGUGGAGCCGUUUUUGAGCCUGAGCGUAAGAAGAGUGCAGUCACAUACCUGAACAGCACAAUGCAUCCUGGGACACGUAAAAGAGGUCGUCCACCUAAAUACAACACGGUGCUGGGGUUUGGGGCUCUGACCCCCACAUCCCCUCUAUCCAGUCAUCCUGACUCCCCUGAAAAUGAAAAGACAGAGACCACAUUUACUUUCCCCGCAUCUGUUCAGCCUGUGUCCCUGCCUAGCCCCAGCUCCACAGACGGCGAUAUCCAUGAGGAUUUUUGCAGUGUUUGCAGGAAAAGCGGGCAGUUGCUGAUGUGUGACACAUGUUCACGUGUGUAUCACCUGGACUGUCUGGACCCACCUCUGAAAACCAUUCCCAAGGGCAUGUGGAUCUGUCCCAAAUGUCAAGACCAGAUGCUGAAGAAGGAAGAAGCAAUCCCAUGGCCAGGGACUUUAGCAAUUGUUCAUUCAUAUAUUGCAUACAAAGCAGCAAAAGAAGAGGAGAAACAGAAGCUACUUAAAUGGAGUUCAGAUUUAAAACAAGAAAGAGAGCAACUAGAGCAGAAGGUCAAACAGCUCAGCAAUUCCAUAACAAAAUGUAUGGAAAUGAAGAAUACCAUCCUGGCAAAACAGAAGGAGAUGCACAGCUCCUUGGAGAAGGUAAAACAGCUGGUCCGCCUCAUCCAAGGCAUUGACCUUUCAAAAUCCAUAAACUCUGAGGUCAAUUCAGUAGCCAUCUCCAAUGGCAUGGACUCAACUAACAGUGCUAAUGCUGCCGCCUCCACCCCAGCCCCAGCCCCAGCCCCUUCCCAGGGCUGCAUGGUGAACUGUAACAAAGGCGAUGAGACUAAAUAACACAGUGGAGUAAGAAGGAGCCGAGGGAGGUGGCGGCGAGGAGGAGCAGCAAAAUAAUGAAACUCUAGAAAAGCAAAACCGGAUUUCUUCUGGAAAGUGCAGAAUUCUUUAGUUCUUUGGUUCCAGAGAGAGCGUGAAGAUGCUUGUGCCAGGCGGCACCGGAGUUUGCCAAUUGAUCCUUCUUAUUCUGUGUGUACAUGCAAAGUUUGGAUCAUGUUACAUGAAUAGUGCCAGCUGGGGGUUCUUUGCCAGCACCAUGCCAAGUGAAAUAAUAUAUUUACUCUCUCUAUAUUUUACACCAGUGUGUGCCUGCAGCAGCCUCCACAGCCACUAUAGGUUUGUUUUAUUUUUGUUUGGGGUGAGGAGCAGGGAUGAGGGAGGAGAGCAGGUUUCAAAUCCUUAUUUGCAGAACAGUUUGUUUAGCUAGGGAAAAAAUAAGUCCAAAGAGCCUGUGGGCUUUUCCUGUUUCUAAACUCUCAGUACUAUUAAACCAAAAAACAGAAGUAUAAAUUAACAAAUCCCAGUGCCCAGAGGGGACAAGUCUAUCAAAUAAGCAGUAUUUACUAUUGUUUAGACAGGAGAUGUACAAAACAAAAUGGGGAUGGAUUUUUCACUGAGUAACGAGCACAUGUGCAGGCUGGGGAUUUUCUGUCCUGGCAGCUUUGGGUUAACCCUGUUUCUUAACACUAGACAAAUGAAAUGCAUUGGAGAAUUGGAUUGGUUUGGAUCUUCAAGUUGAUCCAGGAAGCCUUUGUUGGGAGAGGGAGAAGAGGGGACCAAAAUGGUUGAGUUGAAGCAUUGAAAGGGGUGUCUCAAGGGAAAAUGUGCAUCAAUGACUUUACUUGAAAACGAGGUUCCAACCCUUUUCUAUAUUUAUAAAACAACAAAAAUAUCCUGAACAAAGCAGCACAUGACCCAGAUGUGUGAACUGAACAGAGAAAUGUCCUUUUCUUUCAUUUCCUCUCUUUCUUUUGGUAACGAAAAAUAAAUAAGGAAUAGAAAAGCUGUUAUUCAGGCUGACAGUCUAAUUAAAGAGGUAGAUGGGACCUUGCAUGGUAUAGAUUAGAAGUAAUAGUGUCAGUGAGAUACAGUGAGUCUUUGUGAGUCCUUGUGUCAUCGUUUUGGGCACUGUUUUUUUAUGCAAGGGCAAAAUCUUUGUAUCUGGGGAAAAAACAACUUUUUUUAAAUUAAAAAGGAAAAUAAAAGAUAUUGAGGUCUUCCUAGUGUUACUUAAAAUAAGAUCAAGGUAAGAAACAUUGUAAAAAUUAUAAAAGUGCUAUUUGUUUCCUAAACAAGUGAUUUCUAUUAAAAAGGUGUCAGAACUGGAGAAAA